AUGGAGCAACAGUCAAACCGGGCGCACCGCCCGGCCAAGGAAAAGAAGAAAUAUGAGGGGCAAAAUCCAAAGGCGUUUGCCUUUUCGGCCCCAGGGAAACUCAAGAAGGCCGCAGCGCGCUCGCAUGAUGUCAAGGAAAAACGACUACAUGUGCCGCUGGUGGAUCGCAUGCCGGAAGAGGCACCGCCAAUCGUUGUUGCAGUUGUUGGACCCCCGGGUGUCGGCAAGACUACCUUGAUCAAAUCUCUGAUCCGCCGCUACACAAAACAAACCCUCAGCUCACCUCAAGGUCCACUCACUGUCGUCACAUCCAAGAAGAAGCGCCUCACCUUCCUCGAAUGUCCCUCAGACUCGCUCGCAUCCAUGAUUGAUGUUUCCAAGAUCGCCGACAUUGUGUUGCUCAUGAUUGAUGGAAACUAUGGCUUUGAAAUGGAGACCAUGGAGUUUUUGAACGCCUUGUCGACGAGUGGUAUGCCGGGUAACGUCUUCGGCAUCCUCACUCACCUCGAUCUGUUCAAGAGUCACAGCACCUUGCGAACGGCCAAGAAGCGUCUCAAGCACCGCUUCUGGAGCGAGCUUUACCAAGGUGCAAAACUAUUCUAUCUCUCCGGUGUGAUCAACGGCCGAUACCCGGAUCGGGAAGUGCACAACCUCUCCCGAUUCUUGUCCGUGAUGAAGAACCCUCGGCCUUUGGUGUGGCGCAACUCGCACCCCUACGCCCUGGCAGAUCGCUUCCUGGAUAUCACACCACCCACCCAGAUUGAAGAGAAUCCCAAAUGUGAUCGGACUGUGGCACUCUACGGCUAUCUUCGCGGCACCAAUUUCCAAGCCCAGGGCGCUCGAGUUCAUGUCCCCGGUGUGGGCGAUUUGACCGUCUCUGGAAUCGAGGCCUUACCCGAUCCAUGCCCAACUCCAUUCAUGGAUCAACAAAUUGCCAAGGCGUCGGGUAAGGGCUCAAGACGCAAGUUGGGCGAGAAACAAAAGUUGCUUUUCGCGCCCAUGUCCGACGUGGGUGGCGUCUUGGUCGACAAAGACGCGGUUUAUAUCGAUGUCAAGACCUCAACAUUUGACAAAGGCGAAGAUGAAGAAUCUGAUAAUGAGGAUCGUGGUCUGGGAGAGCAGCUUGUCGUUGGUCUGCAAAGCGAACGGCGGAUGCUCGGUGAGGCUGAUCAGGGUGUGCGUCUGUUCCGGGGUGGCGAGACUAUCGCCCACGCGGAAGACGAGGAAACUGGUCGGAAACACAGACGACAUGCUCGGGUUGCCGAUACCGAACGCGAUGUCCAAAAUGUGUCGGAUGACGAAGGCUCUGAAAGUGAAGAGGGUGAGGACGAGGUGGAUGAGGAGGCUGGCGACUUGAGCAGCGAUGAAGAGAUCGACGAGAACGACAUUUCCGCCCCGGCCGACUUCGAGACCAGCUUCAAGGAACGGCAAAAUGGAGCUGUCCGCCCAGAAGAUGGCGACAUCGCCUUCGCUGACAGCGACUCUGACCUCGGCUCUAUCUCGUCCGUCGAAGACCAGGAUCUGGAUAGUGGCGACGAGGAUGACGAUGAGGAAGAUGAAGAAGGCAACGUGCGUUGGAAGGAGAACAUGCUGGCCAACGCCAAGUCCCUUCUUGGAAAGCGACCGGCCUUCCGUGUCAAAGACCUGUCACGAAUGAUGUACGAUGAUUCCAUCAGCCCAGUUGAUGUCGUGCAAAUAUGGCGUGGCGCCAACGACGAAGACGAGGGAGAAGAAGAUAUCGAGGAUGAGGAAGACGACUUCUUCAAGAAGACAAAUAACGAAAAGGAAGACCAGGUCGACUUCCGAGCAGUCCCAGAUUACGACUAUGAGGAGCUCGAGCGGAAGUGGCAGAAUCGGGAUCUCCUUGAGUCUAUAAGACGCCGCUUUGUGACCGCCAAGCUGUCUGGCGAUGGGUCAGAUGAGGACGACGAUGACGAUCUGGAUGAUGCUUUUGAUGAAGAUGAUGAUGAAGGAGAUGGUGCAUUCGAAGACCUCGAGACCGGCGAAGUCUUCAACGGGAUCGACGACAGCGGCGACGAGGACGAUGGCCAGAACCAGGAAGACGGUGUUGCUGAAAAGCCUUUGGACUUGGAAGCGGAGCGCGAACGGAAUGCAAAGAAAAAGGAAGAACUGCGGCUGCGAUUCGAAGAGGAAGAUCGUGAGGGAUUUGCAAACGCCAAGGACGGUGCUCGCGAGGGCGGCGACGAGCAAUUCGGCGAGGACGAGUGGUAUGAUAUGCAAAAAGCCAAGAUGCAGAAGCAGCUGGAUAUCAACCGCGCCGAGUUUGAUGAGCUCGACCCGGCCUCCCGCGCUCGAGCUGAGGGCUUCAAGGCCGGAACGUACGCGCGCAUUGUCCUCGAGAAUGUCCCCUAUGAAUUCGCUUCCAAGUUCAACCCGCGCUUCCCUGUCAUUGUCGGAGGUCUGGCACCGACUGAGGACCGCUAUGGUUAUGUGCAGAUCCGAAUCAAGCGACACCGCUGGCACAAGAAGAUCCUGAAGAGCAAUGAUCCGUUGAUCUUCUCCCUGGGUUGGCGUCGAUUCCAAUCCAUCCCCAUGUACAGCACCUCGGACAGUCGAACACGAAACCGCAUGUUGAAGUACACUCCCGAACACAUGCACUGCUUCGCCACUUUCUACGGCCCGUUGGUGGCGCCCAACACCGGUUUCUGCUGCGUGACUUCUUUCUCAAACCAAAACCCGGGCUUCCGGAUCGCUGCUACGGGCGUCGUUCUCAGCGUCGACGAGCACACGGAGAUUGUGAAGAAGCUGAAGCUCACGGGUGUUCCCUACAAGAUCUUCAAGAACACGGCCUUUAUCAAGGACAUGUUCAAUUCGUCUCUGGAAAUUGCCAAGUUCGAGGGCGCAUCGAUUCGAACAGUUUCCGGUGUUCGCGGUCAGAUCAAACGAGCCCUCAGCAAGCCAGAGGGCUACUUCCGUGCCACUUUUGAAGAUAAGAUUCUGAUGAGCGACAUUGUCUUCCUGCGCGCCUGGUAUCCGAUCAAACCGCACCGCUUCUACAAUCCCGUGACCAAUCUUCUCGACCAAGAAGGCAGCUCCGGUGACAGUGGAUGGCAGGGAAUGCGACUGACGGGUGAAGUCCGGCGCGAGAAGGGCAUCCCCACGCCGCAGAUCAAAGACUCGGCGUAUCGCCAGAUCGAACGACCCACCCGCCACUUCAAUCCUCUCCGCGUACCGAAACAGCUGGCAGCGGACCUGCCCUUCAAAUCACAGAUCACUAAGAUGAAGCCCCGCCAGGGCGAGACCUACAUGCAAAAGCGAGCUGUGGUUCUCGGUGGUGAAGAGAAGAAGGCCCGGGAUCUGAUGCAGAAGCUGACCACGCUUCGCAACGACAAGCAGGCCAAGCGGGCGGCGAAGCAAGAAGAGCGGCGGCAGGUGUACCGCGCCAAGGUGGCGGAUAGCCUGGAGAAGAAGAACGCGCGAGAGAAGAGGGAGAGCAAUGAAUACUGGCGGCGCGAGGGCAAGAAGCGGAAGAACACUGAUGGAGAGUCGGGCGGUGGUGGUGGGAAGAAGCGCAGAUGA